UUGUUUUCGGAACUGUUUCAUAGUUUUCCUCUAUAGAAACUUGUUCUGUGCUUUGGUCAAUUUCUUUAACUCAGUAUUACUCACUCUUCCGUGAUUGUAACCUUUCAUACCAAGUAAUUUAGUUUUUGUCGCAGUGACUAUCGCGUAAAAUCUCUAAUCUUUCAGUGCUGAUCACUGUAAAAUUUAAUUUUCAAUUUUUCUUUCUAUUAUUCCACAGAAAGGCUCUUUGUGUUGUGACUCUUUUAAAUAUUUUAUUUUUGAAGCUAACGGAGCAUUUUGAAUUUAUUAAACUGUAAUUUCUUAAAGUUCCCUUUCUUCAGCUUUAAAUUAUUUAUCCGAAUGUAAUAAUGACCCCCUUGACUCAAAACUCAGUAUUAGCUCCAAGUGCGUAUCCUUUUGACAUCAGAGUGUGGGUUUCUUCAAUUUUUCAUCCUGGAUGAACCAUGAUUUGGUAAAAAUUGAAUAACCUCAAUCAAGUGACAAAAAGUGAGUGUGUUUCCAAACAGUGUACGGGCGGAAAAGUGCGUAUUCCAAGAGUUUUCUUCGCAUUUUCAAUCAAAUCAGUGAAUCGAAAUAUUUCAACAAUUAAAACCAAGUGUGUUGUUCAUAACGAACAAAAAAAUUCCUGGAUUUGUGAAUGAUGCAUUAUUUGCUGCGGAUAUUAGCAAUGACAACUUCUUGUCCAACGAAUGUGUCUGAUGUAAAGUCGGUGACCAUCAUGAAAGUUACGCAAAGGCCCUACGUCUCAGUUUCAUCUCUCAAUGAGCAGAUUUUUUCAGCAUGGUUGGCCGUGCUUUUAACUGGCAAAUUGAAAUCUUAGAAAAGUGAGAGUUCAAUAGAAACACCACCGCCGGAGUCUCACAAAAACAUCUGUGUUCUACACAGAUGCUGACUCUGCUAUCGCGUACAGAAAUUAUUCAUCAUUCAUGUCUUACAUUUCGUGAAAUGCUGCAAAGAUGACUAAUGUGGAUGAAAUUCUCAAACAGCAAGAAAAUGAUUACUCAAUACGGGAAAAGUUGCUCCUGCGUCGACUAGCCGCUAAAGAGCAAGAAGUUCAAGAAUAUGUUAGUCAAUUAGCUGAGCUGAAAGGAGCACAAACCUCAGGAAGUGGGCUUCAUUGUACACUUCUAGAUCCUGCAGUUAAUCUCCUUAUUUCUAGACUACGGCAAGAACUCACUCAAACACGGGUAAAACUAGAAGAUACUCAAAAUGAGCUGAAUGCCUGGAAGUUCACUCCCGACAGCAAUACUGGUAAAAGACUCAUGGCCAAGUGUAGACUUUUGUAUCAAGAAAAUGAAGAGUUAGGAAAAAUGAUUUCAAGCGGAAGACUAGCAAAGCUAGAGGGUGAACUAGCUUUACAAAAAAGCUUUAGUGAUGAAGUAAAAAAAUCUCAAUCAGAGUUGGACGAAUUCUUACAAGAUUUAGACGAAGACGUAGAAGGAAUGCAAAGUACUAUCUACUAUCUUCAACAAGAACUUCGCAAAACCAAAGAUGCCUUAUCUCAAGCAGAACGUGAGCUCAGUAGUUUACGCAAAGUUGAAAGCCCUGCUCUCUCGGAGGAAAAAACUAAUGGUGUUAAAUUGAAUGACGAGUCUUCAAAUGACUCUUGCGGUUUAAUUUUAAAAAUAAAUCCGGAUGAUGAAAUUGAUGGUGAAAAAGUGACUGAAGAAAGUGUGGCUUGUGCAAAAAAACGGAUAAUAUGUGAUAACGAUCGAUUCACCCAAACAAAAAAAAUUAGAGACUCUUCAGAAAUUACAAUUCAUUGCAGUGACGACGAAAAUGCGGGUUUGACUAAUGGCAAUGAAACCGCAACCAGGGAUUGAUCACAUUGCCAAUUUAGUGAAAUUAAUGCGAUUGUGUUAAAAUUUCAGACAAGGAAUUGUGAAAUUUUGCAAAAUAUCUUGAUUUUCUAUGUGACUUGUUCACAAAUUUUUACUAGUUUUCGUUGUUCACAAAAGAUAGAAAAAUUUUAUUGUUUUGACAGAAGUUUCAAGUUGCAUUUUUGAAUAAUUUUGUACCAAGAAUUUAAUUAUGUACAGUCUGUAAGCCAAUUUUAUGAUCCACCUCUUUUGCAUUGUAAAGAUAUAAGACCAUGUUAAGUAGAAUCAAUUUAUAAACAAGGAAUAUUGUUAAAAGUAAGUAUAAAGUUGUGCAAUCUUUGAAAACACUUAAAUUCCCUUAUCUUUUGUUAUUAAUUAUAGAACUUAUGCUACGCAGGCCACUGCCCAUCAUUCUCAGCAGGCGAGUUGCGAGUGAGUCACAACUUGAUUGCUGAGAAUGAUGUGCAUUACUGAGUUGCCACAGUCAGAGAAUACUAGGCAUUGUCUGGGAAUUUCUAAAAGUCAGUAAUAACCUAUAAAUGUCAGCCUUCUCGAUGGGUGCGACGUUUCAAACAACAAAAUUUACUUGAAAAUUAUUUCAAAUUAUGUCUUUUUAACCAAGUGGCAUAUCUUAAAUUGUCAGGGAAUUUUAAUCGAAAUGUGUCAGGGAAAUCCAUUCCCUAAAUUCCAAGGCAACCCUGGCAGUAGUGUUUGCCAAAACGUAUGUCCAAUAAUUAAUAACAAAAGGUAAAGUAAUUUAAGAGUUUUGUAGACUGUGAAACUUAAGACUUAAACAUGCAAAAGUACAAUUCUCUCUUUUGAACCAACAAAUUUAUAUUCUGCUAAGACCUCCUUAUCAAAGAUUUAUGCCUCUAACUGAAUUAGGUUCAUGGCUCUAAGAUGUUUACCAAGCAAGUGUCCAAAGCAAAAAAUUGCCAAGCUUAGCAUUGAUAUCAAUUUUUACAGAAGGAAAGCUACUGAAUAACUUUUAAUGAGUGGAUCAUGGAUCUGAUAAUUUUGAUUCCAGUCUCUUUUUCAAUUCUUUUCUAAUCAUUUACUUUAACACUUCCAAAUUGUGGCUCUGUUUUUCAUUUACUUUUAGUCCACUCUAAAAAAGUACCAAAUUAUUCUUCCAUGGUCACAAGUGAGUUGCAUUAGCAUUGGAUGGAUUACAGCUGUUCCUGCCAGAUUAAGGCCUAAUAAAUAGUUUGAUAAGGAAAAUAAGAAAACACAUGCAGCAUCGAAGGGGAAAAAUUUGAUGAACAUUCUUUUUAUAAAUUUUCAAUGAUUUUUCCUUGUCUUAUACAAAAUAUUUUGUCAAAUUUUUGACCGAUAGCACUCAAUUUUUUUUUUCUUGAUAAAGAAAAUAAGAUAACAAAGAAAUGAUUUUUAUUAAAGCGCAUGUUUUUUUCCACCAUGGAGCUACUUUAAAACAGUCUCAAAUCUUCCCAGCUUGUGUGUCAAUUUUUGCUAACAGAUCAGAACAUAAAUUUCUUCCUCAAGAAUUCAGUGGGGGCAUCAUCAUUCAAGAUACAAUGAAUCAUUUAUUGUUGCUUACAAAAUAGCAGAGGUUGCAAUAUGAUGGUGAAACUGUAGAAAUGUGUAUCUCGGUUUGCACCGCUGCUAACUUCCUUUCAAACUUUAUUUUCUCCAUGGACAACUACUGAACGUCAUUUCUUCGAAAUUUGGGUGAUUUUUCUCACCUAUGUUAAAAAUAUUCUGUGAAAAUUUUAAGCCAUGAUGUUGAUUCGGUCUCCUUUUUAAAAAGAAAAUAGGCCUGGAGAUUUUGAAACUCUGCAACCAAGAUAAAAAUCUUAACAGUUUCACCGGAGAGUUGUUACUUUAGUGUAAGUACUGUGUCAUUAUGUCUCUUGUAUACCUGGUAGGAAGUUUAGAGCUUUAUGGCCACAAGGGGCGUGUGAUGGUUUUGUAAGUUGGUUUUAUCUCACUUACAGGUCCUCAUUUCCACCAUGCAACCUUUUCAAAAUUCAUCACAUUCUCUUUUAUUACAUGUUACCAGUUUUCACAUAACUCUGAUGAAUUAUUUAUCAAUAGCUCAGAAUGGAGAAAGAAUUUUUUUUAAAAAAUGUAUUCCAUCGAUCUUAGCAAUACAAUGGCCAUGGAACAACACCGUCUAUCUGCAAACCGACAAUUUUACAGGACGAAGAAAAAACAUCGCAAUUUUUUUAAUUUUGAGUUAGGAUUUGCAAUUUUUUUUUUUUUUUUUACAUUACAACACUCGCAUGCAGGAUUGGGAAAACCUAAUUAAUCAGCUUGCAUAUUUCUUACUGUAAAAUGCGGCAAAGUUGCUAACUCAUUUUUAUUGUUCCUUAGCCCUCGAAUAGUUGUAAAGUAAAAUUUGUUUACCUUAUUUGUUAUUGGAGUUUGCCUCUUUGAUUCUCAAGAGAAAUAUGAUCAGCCUGCUUUGUGAUUUCAUCGGAUCAUAUCAUCUGCCUUGCAGUGUUUCAAAAUCUCAUCUCCUAUUUUAAUUUUUUUGAAGGAAACCGAACAUCAUCCCCACUCAAAAAUUGUUGUAAUUUUUCCUGACUGUAUAAAGGUUAUUACAACAAAAUUCUAAGCAAAAAUGUGGGAAGGUUACCUUUCUGAAGAUUAAAAUAAAAUAUGAGAUUUUGAAAUAUUGCAAUGUAGAUGUGACGUCAUCUAACUUGAUUCAAUUGUCAUGUCUGUAAUUUAACAAGUAUCUGUUUUAAGGUGUCAGCGGAAGAGCGUUUCUAUGCUGAAAUAAUUUAAUUAACCUGAAUGUAGGUUAAUACUAAAUGAUAUUAGAUUGAACACAUUCAUAGGAAUGCAUGACUUUUUUUGUUUCCCCCUUACUCUGCGUGCUAUGUCAAAGUUGACUUCAGCUAUUGUUUUAUCAGAAGUUUCUUGAAAAAAAUUAAUAUCCAUGGACAACAGGAAAGUAUCUGAGGAAAAAAUUUGUUACACUGUUUAUAAUUUUUUUUUCUUCUGUUAAAUUUGAAAAGAGCAAUCCUUCAAAGGUAAUUUUUUGUUCCUUUUAUUGUGAAAGUGAAUCUGUGCUUUAGAACAUAACCAAUAAUGUCUUUUGUAAAUAAUAGAUUUAAGUAAUAAAUCUUUCACUCAAU